AUGCAUCUUGAUCCGUUUCAUCGUGAAUCUACAGAUUCAAACAAGUUUGUGGACAAGGCGGAAGCCCUGCUUGACAAGGCUCUUGGACCACUCAAGCCAUUCCUUCCAGCAAUUGCUCGAUUCCUUCUUGUUGUGACUUUCCUGGAAGACGCUAUACGCAUCAUCACCCAAUGGUCUGAUCAGACAUAUUAUCUGACUCGAUUCAAUCAUUAUCUCGCAUUGAUGUUUCUUGCAACCAACGUAUCUGUCAUGUUGGUUGGAUCUGUACUGGCCAUAUGCAAAAAAUUUACAGAAAUUGCCGUUGGUGGUCUUUUUGCUAUUAUUAUUUCGCAAUCUAUCGGCUAUGGUCUCAUUUUUGACUCCAAUUUCUUUUUCCGUAACCUUUCAGUUACCGGAGGUCUUCUCAUGCUUGUUGCUGAUGCGAUGGCCUCAAAGCGCAAACCCAUCUUUGCUGGCUUACCUUCCCUUAACCAAGUUGAUAAAAACGCUUACCUUCAACUUUUUGGUCGUAUUCUGUUGGUUUUUCUCUUUCUCACCUUUAUCAUGACUGGCGAGUUUUCGAUUCUUCGACUUGUCAUUUCUAUUAUUGCACUCAUUGGAUGCAUCAUGGUUGUCGUUGGUUACAAGGCAAAAGUCACCGCGUGGUUGCUGGUUGCCUUUUUGUGCAUUUCGAAUGUUGUGCUCAACAAUUGGUGGUCGUUGCAUCACAAUCAUCCACGAAAAGAUUUUCUCAAGUACGAUUUUUUUCAAACACUUUCCAUUGUGGGUGGGUUCCUGUUGCUGGCCAACCAGGGUGCAGGUGGAUACUCUAUGGACGAGAAGAAGAAGAAUUUUUAA